AACUCGCUCGCCUAUGUCAUAUUUUGCAGCUAUACCUUCCUUCCACCAAUAAACCAUGGUAUUGUGCCCAACCUCGUAGAUGCUUCAUUCAAGUCAAGCAUGUUUCCGAUUCGAAGAGCAAUCACUACCUUUGUUCUAUUGGCUGUUUCUGUUACCACGUCGGAGCUCGGCGUCGAGACCCAAUCUAUAUCCACGCCAUGCUGUUCUUUGUAUGCACCUUGCGAUGGUUUAUUGCAAUCGUCACUGUCGCGCCCGAGCGAAGCAAGUCUUCAACAUACUGCUGCGUGGAGUCAAGCAGCCGUGUCCAUGUUCACAGAAUAAGAGAACCGACAGUGACAUUUGAGGACCUGGUUGAAGCGGUUGAAAAGGAACAGCCGGCCUUUGACUGGGCCGGGAGAUGGAUCACAAUAAUU